AUGCACACUUUGCUUAUUGUUCUUGCCGCUUCCUGUGCUGUAUCUGCGGCUUCGAAUUCCCAAGAAUUCAGAGAUUUCUAUUGUGGCAGACGUCUGGCAACAGCUUUGGCUGUUGUCUGUGAAAGUAAUAUGAUAAAAAGGUCCGAGAUUUACAACAGUUUGGAUACUAUAGAAAUGCGUUGGCCGUGGUUAGCACCGCUCAGAGCACGCAGAUUGGGUCGCAGCAAACGACAAAUAGUCUCCGAGUGCUGCGAGAAGCGUUGUUCACAUGAAGAGAUGUCGGCAUAUUGU